UGAACACACAGUAGAACGAGUGUGCACCCUCUUGUUGCAUGCUGGUAUCAUAGAAACAUCAGGCUAAACUUACAUCAGUGAAUUGACAUUGGUCUUUCCAGUAAGAAAAUGGCCCGAGCCAUGGGGAACCUCGUUAACGCAGAGAUAAAUGACCGCACAAGAGAAGACAGCUUUCGGGUUUGGCAUCACCCAAAUAUUCCAAUAGGAUCGCUCGUGACUGGAGGAUUUUCCUGUAUAAAUUCCGAGACUUCAACAGUGGCAUGCACCGCCUGUGGACUGGAGGUAGACGCUUCAAAUCUGAACGGUACAAAUCUUUCUGUCUACCAUGUCCAACGUUCUCCUGAGUGUUUGUUUUUCUACCCAGAUCACCCUUACAGAAAGCUGUCAGACCGCAUACAGACCUACCUGUAUUGGUUGGGUUACAGAGGGGCCCCGGAUAUUGAUGAUCUCGCUACAGCUGGAUUCUAUGUUACCGAAUUUGGCCAGGAGGAAGUUCGAUGUUUCUGCUGCGAUUUACUUUGUCCAUUGACACUGAGACAAAUAGAUGAUAUCAGAAAGGAACACGCUCUUCUUAGCCCGAACUGUGCAUUCAGCAAUAACAGUUGAAGUCAGCUAUGAUAUAUGUCUUGUACAAUGCCUCUGCCAUGCAACUGAGCAAUAUUUCCGGUUGUUAUAUGCAUCAUACUUAAGAAUGACACGACUAAAUGUGAGAAGAGAAACUACGUUCUCUAAAUUAACCUUAGAACACCAGAAAUAAUGUUGCAAUGAUUGUAUUUAACUUUGUGCCUAGGAAAGUAUGCUGGAUUGAUUCCAGUAGAAACAUUGACCCCAUGAUGACACUGAGCGUUGAGUUAAUAUUGAAGUGUACCUGCUAAUGCAUUCGGUGAUUAAGUGCACGUGUAAACAAACUGUAAUCGGUGAUGUACCCAACAAUAUAUAUCUAUAUAUUUGUUAAUUGAUCGUUAA